AUGUCUUAUGUCCUCUGUAGGGGUGGAUGGCCAUGGCAGGUUGCACUCCGACUGAAAUCUUCUCAUGGUGAUGGAAGACUCUUGUGUGGUGCUACUCUUAUCAGCAGCUGCUGGGUCCUCACUGCUGCACACUGCUUUAAAAGGUAUGGCAACAUCACUCAGAACUACGCUGUGCGAGUUGGAGACUAUCACACACUGGUACCAGAAGAAUAUGAGGAAGAAACUGGAGUCCAACAGAUUGUGAUGCAUAAAGAUUACAGGCCUGACAGCAGUGACUAUGACAUUGCAUUGGUGAGGCUACAGGGGCCAGAGGAACGGUGCGCCAGAUUCAGUACCCAUGUCUUACCUGCCUGUUUGCCAUUAAGGAGAGAGAGACCACAGAAAACUGCUCCCAACUGUUAUAUCACUGGAUGGGGUGACACAGGAAGGGCUUAUUCAAGAACAUUACAACAGGCUGCCAUCCCCUUACUCCCCAAAAGGGUAUGUGAAGAACGUUACAAAAGAAGAUUCACAGGAAGAAUGCUCUGUGCUGGAAACAUCCAGGAACAGAAACGUGUUGAUAGCUGUCAAGGAGACAGUGGGGGACCAUUGAUGUGUGAACGUCCAGGGGGAAGCUGGGUUGUGUAUGGUGUGACCUCCUGGGGCUACGGCUGUGGAGUGAAAGAUUCUCCAGGUGUCUACACAAAAGUAUCAUCUUUCGUAGCAUGGAUAAAAAGUGUGAUCAAACUAUGA